AAAAAAAAGUGUCCCAUGAUUGGGCCUAGCAACUUUCGAUUGACUUUCCGGAUCACUUGCAGACACAUGAUAUAAUACGCAGGCUAUACAAUGGGGUCAAAAGCUGCAGAUAAGAAGCGCAAGUCGAGGGAGUCGGACUCCGAGUCCGAUGAUGGGCUCGGAAAUGGCCUCUUCGACGGUGUCUUGUCGCAAAGCGAGGAUGAAGAAGAGUACAUCCCAUCCGAUGACGACGGCGAUGAGGACGAGGAUGACGAAAGCGGGAGCGAGGACUCUGAUGCUAGUGAGGACGGCGAGGAAGACGACUUACUGAGCGAUGACAUUCCUUCCGAUGUCGACGGCGACGGGGAGAUGGACAAGCUGGCCAAGCAGCAGGGCGAGCUCGAGAUUACGGAACCUGGCGUUGACCCGAAACCAAAACAGGAGGAGGAGGAGGAAGGAGAGGAAAGGAACUACAGGAUUGAAAAGGAUGCCAAUGGAGGGGUGCGAUAUGUCUACGACGAAAUCGACCCCGUGUACGAUUCGGACGACACGGAUGCAAAGGAACCGGUCAACACGAUAGGAAACAUUCCCCUAAGUUUCUACGAUAGCUACCCCCACAUUGGCUACGACAUUAACGGCAAGAAGAUCAUGCGACCAGCGACUGGCGAUGCGCUACAGAGUCUUCUCGACAGUAUCGAAGUACCGAAGGGGUGGACAGGUUUGACGGACCUGGAUACUGGCAAUCCGCUCAACCUCACUGAUGAAGAGCUGGAGCUUGUUCGCCGGGUCCAGAUGGGUCUCCUCCCGGAGGAUCUUGAGGACCCAUACCCCGAUACUGUGGAGUAUUUCACUUCCAUCGAGGAGAAGAUGCCUCUUAGCGCUGCUCCCGAGCCCAAGCGGCGUUUCAUCCCUUCGAAGAACGAAGCCAAGCAGAUCAUGAAGUUGGUCCGCGCGAUUCGCGAAGGCAGAAUCCUUCCAUAUAAACCGCCCGAGGAGCGCGAGCGGGAAGAGGAGGAGCAGGAGGAGGUACACUUCGAUCUCUGGCAAAACGAGGAACCCCGGCCACCUAAUCCGAUGCACAUUCCCGCCCCUAAACUACCGCCCCCCGGUUACGACUUGAGCUACAAUCCACCAGAAGAAUACCUGCCGUCCAAGGAGGAGCGUGAGGAGUGGGAAAAGGCAGACCCAGAAGACCGAGAAAAGGACUACCUCCCGCAAAAGUACACUGCCUUACGCAAAGUGCCUGCAUGGGACAACUUCGUUAAGGAACGGUUCGAGCGGUGCAUGGAUCUAUAUCUGGCCCCCCGUGUUCGCAAAAACAGGCUCAACAUCGACCCCAACUCGCUUCUUCCUAAGCUGCCCUCUCCCUCCGAGCUGAAGCCGUUCCCCACCGUCGUCCAAACCAUCUUCCGCGGUCACGAGGGUAGGGUACGAAGCGUUUCGAUUGAUCCGAGUGGCGUUGCGCUGGCAACUGGAGGUGAUGACGGGACGGUCCGGGUCUGGGAAUUGCUCACAGGGCGGCAAGUAUGGUCUGUCAAGCUCAGUAGCGACGAACCGGUCAACACGGUCCGAUGGAGGCCGACCAAAGACGCCUUCAUCUUGGCCGCGGCCGCGGGGGAGGACAUCUUCCUGAUGGUCCCGACGCACGCCAGCGUCACUCCUGCUCUCGACCAAGCCAGCAGAGACAUAUUGGCGGCCGGCUUUGGCUAUGCCACAAACGGACAGCAGCAGGCUCUCCCGGUUGGCAAGGAGCCGCCCGCGAAAUGGGCCCGACCCGGCACCAAGCUGGAGGAUGAGGGCGUCCUGAUCAGAAUCACCGUGAGGUCAACAGUCAAGGUCAUCAGCUGGCACAGGAGAGGCGACCAUUUCGCUACCGUCUCGCCUGCCGGACAGCGGAGCUCAGUGGCCAUCCACACGCUCUCAAAACACCUCACGCAAAUACCCUUCCGGAAGCUCUCGGGCCUCGCGCAGACGGCCGCUUUCCACCCUCUCAGGCCGCUGUUCUUCGUGGCCACACAGAGGACAAUUCGAUGCUACGACCUCCAGAAGCUCGAGUUGGUCAAGGUCGUCCAGCCCGGAGCCAAGUGGAUCUCGUCAUUCGACAUCCAUUCUGGCGGCGAUAAUUUGAUCGUGGGCAGUUACGACAAGCGUCUCCUCUGGCACGAUCUGGACCUGUCCAACAGGCCGUACAAGACGAUGAGGUUCCACAGCGAGGCCAUCCGGCAGGUCCGGUACCACAAGGGCGGACUUCCGCUCUUCGCCGAUGCCAGUGACGACGGCUCGCUGCAGAUCUUCCACGGCAAGGUUCCGAACGACCAGUUGGAGAACCCCACCAUUGUUCCGGUCAAGAUGCUCAAAGGACACAAGGUUGUCAACAAGCUCGGUGUGCUGGACAUUGAUUGGCACCCGCGCGAGCCGUGGUGCGUCAGCGCCGGUGCUGACGGGACAGCUCGGCUGUGGAUGUGAGAGGGGGAAUUGGGAAGGCCUCGGAUUGGUGUUUGGACAGGAUCAGGAGAAGCAUCGUUUGUAUCUUAGGUUUCCUCCCCCCCCCUCUUUUUCUUCAAGAGGGUGUGUUGGAAAUACCGUGGGCAUCAGAACGGUGGAUACCAAAAUAUGCAGCAGUUGUUCGCUCUGGUCGUUGGGAGAGAAGCAAGGGCCUUUUGUAGAUUUGGCGCCCAAUCUGUCGCUUGUUUUGUGUUGUGUGUAUCUAUGCCUCUCCGGUCCCUGAGCCAAUGUGGUUGUUCCGGCUCUUUCCGGAAGGAGGGCUUCAAAACAUGACAGGCCCGCUUGAUGUGCAUAUCGAAACCAUCGUCG